CUACACGACCCAGCGGCAGCGCGUGCGCAUGCGCAGUCACUUCCGGUGAGUAGCUAGCAGAGACGCUACACUCGCUGAACUUACGAGGUGGUCUUCUGCCCCAACCGCCGAUGCUUCCUACUGUCCUCCACUGUGUUCGGCCCAUCUCUACCAGUCUUGCCUCAAGCCGGCCUCUGGCCCACUUCAGACCACACAUGGAUCCAGACCAGAGCCGGCCCGUUGAGAGGUCUAUAAGAACCAAACUGGCCGACAAACUCAAGCCGGACCACUUGGAGGUCCACAAUGAAAGCCACAUGCACGCCGUGCCCCCCGGCUCUGAAUCCCAUUUCCGUGUCCUGGUGGUCAGCUCCCAGUUUGAGGGUCUGCCGUUGAUACAGCGCCACCGUCUGGUCAAUGAGGCUUUGAAAGAGGAGUUGAGUAGCAGCGUACAUGCACUGGCCAUCCAGGUAAAGACUCCUGAGCAGUGGGGAAGUGACCCCUCCCUGGCUAAGAGUCCGCCUUGCAUGGGAGGCUCGAGGGGGGACCACACGGUGGAGGAGAAACUGAAGGCCGGCCGGGAGUGACGUGCUGUGGACUGAAGAAGGCAGAUGGAAGCUUUAGGAGAGGGUUCUGUGGCAUAGUUCAAUACAACCAUGGGUGUAUAUGGUUAUUCCAUCAUAAUAAAACAAGAAACUAAAUCAG